GACAUAAAUUUUUUUUCUCUCUCUUUCUGUCUUCAAUGGCGGCUUCAGUGGACAACCGCCAGUUCACUGGCCUCGAACCCAACAUGAAAGGUGCGGUUCUUACCUUCAAUCCGGUUGCCAACAGCCACUGGUCCGACUCCCCGGAUAGUGCGCAUGCGUUGAAACAAGUCGUGACGGCGGAAGAUUCGUCGAGCGAGGAAGAGAAUGAGAAAUAUUACAGAGAAUUGAUACAGAAAGGGAACAGCGAAUUAGAGCCGUCGACCGUGGACCCGCGAGACGAGGCCACGGCCGAUAAUUGGGUGGAGCGCAACCCCUCCAUGGUCCGGCUCACGGGGAAACACCCCUUCAACUCGGAGCCGCCCCUGACUCGGCUCAUGCACCACGGGUUCAUCACCCCGGCGCCACUCCACUAUGUGCGCAACCACGGGGCGGUCCCCAAGACCAGGUGGGAGGACUGGGACGUCGAGGUCUGCGGACUCGUCAAACGACCUGCCCGGUUCACCAUGGACGAACUGGUCACCGACUUCAAAAUCCGCGAGUUACCGGUCACUCUGGUCUGCGCGGGAAACAGACGGAAAGAGCAGAACAUGGUGAAACAGACCAUCGGUUUCAACUGGGGAGCAGCCGGGGUCUCCACAUCGGUGUGGCGUGGUAUACUGCUCCGGCAUGUGCUGAAGCGGUGUGGGAUCUUGAGCCGUAAACGUGGGGCCCUCAAUGUGUGCUUCGAAGGGCACGAAGACCUGCCAGGUGGAGGUGGGUGCAAGUACGGGACGAGUAUUAAGUACGAGGUCGCCUUGGAUCCGUCGAGGGAAAUCAUGUUGGCGUACAUGCAAAACGGUGAGCAUUUGUCUCCGGACCAUGGGUUCCCGGUGAGGAUGAUCUUACCGGGAUUCAUAGGUGGAAGAAUGGUAAAAUGGCUGAAGCGGAUUAUUGUGACGACCAAAGAAUCAGACAGCUAUUAUCAUUAUAACGACAACAAAGUACUUCCCUCUCACGUUGACGGGGAGCUUGCUAAUUUUGAAGCUUGGUGGUAUAAGCCUGAGUAUAUUAUAAAUGAGCUGAACAUAAAUUCUGUGCUAACGACGCCAUGUCAUGAUGAGAUAUUACCGAUAAAUUCGUGGACGACCCUAAGGCCGUACACUUUGAGGGGCUACGCGUAUUCAGGAGGUGGGAGGAAAGUGACUCGUGUCGAGGUGACUGUAGACGGUGGAGAGACGUGGCGGGUGUGCGGGUUGGAGCACCCGGAGAAGCCGAACAAGUACGGCAAAUAUUGGUGCUGGUGCUUCUGGUCAUUGGAGGUGGAGGUGCUGGAUCUGCUUGGAUCCAAGGAGAUUGCGGUUCGAGCCUGGGAUGAAGCCCUCAACACACAGCCCGAGAAGCUCAUAUGGAAUGUCAUGGGAAUGAUGAACAACUGCUGGUUCCGGGUAAAAAUAAAUGUGUGCAAGCAGCCACACAGGGGAGAGAUUGGAAUCGCGUUUGAGCACCCGACUCUCCCCAGCAAUCAGUCUGGCGGAUGGAUGGCCAAGGAAAAGCACCUUGAGAAAUCAUCCGAAUUUCUCAAGAAGAGCGUCUCAUCACCCUUCAUGAACACGUCCUCAAAUAUGUACUCAAUAUCUGAGGUCAACAAGCACAGCUCGGCCGAAUCAGCUUGGAUCAUUGUCCACGGCCAUAUCUAUGACUGCACCCGGUUCCUCAACGAUCACCCCGGUGGUGCUGACAGCAUUCUUAUCAACGCCGGCACCGACUGCACCGAAGAGUUCGACGCCAUUCACUCCGACAAGGCCAAGAAGAUGCUCGAGGAAUAUCGAAUAGGCGAGUUCAUUACAACGGAUUAUGCCUCCGACUACUCGACCACCUCUUCGCCCAACAGCUCAGUGCAUGGCGCCUCGAACACAUCCACUCUCGCCCCCAUCAAAGAGACUGCGCCGCUCAGAUGUGUCGCGCUAGUCCCGCGUGAGAAAAUCCAUUGCAAGCUCAUGGAGAAAAAGUCAAUAUCCCAUGAUGUCCGGCUCUUCCGGUUUGCAUUGCCGUCAGAUGACCAGGUCUUAGGUUUACCGGUAGGGAAGCAUAUCUUUUUAUGCGCUACCAUAGACAAGAAGCUGUGCUUGCGGGCUUACACUCCAACCACCAAUGUUGAUGAAGUCGGAUACUUUGAUCUAGUGGUUAAGAUUUACUUAAAAAGUGUGCACCCGCAGUUUCCAAAUGGAGGGCUUAUGUCACAGUACCUAGACGCACUUCCACUAGGUUCGAUUCUUGACGUGAAGGGUCCCUUGGGUCACAUUGAAUAUACUGGUCGUGGUAGCUUUUCAGUUCAUGGAAAACCCAAGUUUUCGAAGAAGCUAGCCAUGCUCGCCGGCGGGACAGGGAUCACACCCAUAUAUCAAAUAGUUCAGGCCAUUCUGAAGGACCCAGAAGACGAGACAGAGAUGUAUGUGGUCUACUCGAAUCGCACCGAGGAUGAUAUUUUGCUAAAGGAAGAGCUCGAUGCUUAUGCUCAGAAACAUGACAAAUUGAAGGUGUGGUAUGUGGUUCAGGAAUCUAGAAAGGAAGGGUGGCAGUACAGUGUGGGAUUCAUCACGGAGAGUGUUCUGCGAGAGCACAUCCCGGAAGGAUCAUCGGAGGGUACUACUUUGGCCUUAGCAUGUGGGCCACCGCCGAUGAUUCAGUUUGCCGUGCAGCCAAAUUUGGAGAAGAUGAAUUAUGAUAUCAAGAAUUCGUUGUGGUCUUUUAGAGGAUGGAAAAAAUUAUAGUUUGUAUAUAUCUUGUGUGUGUCAUCCCCUUGCAUUCUUUCUCCUUUCUUCUUGAUCUUCUUUUGAAGUAGUUUCUCGAGGACAUAAAAAGGAUCAAAUCAAAUUGGUUGAAUAUAUGGGUUUUUAGGCUUUUUAAUUUGGUUUCCUUCAACCAAAGGACAGAUAUAAUUUCUGAUCUCAUGGUGUUAGAUGUGAUGUAUAUUUAAUUAAAGGCAAUUCCAUGGUUUAGUACUA